UAAACCGCAAGCAUCAAAUAGGCACGAAUAUUUAAUUUGCAUCUUUUAUUUGCCAAUGGACUGUUCGCAAAUCGAAACAUGGAAAAAAUCGCUGAGGAAGUUCAACAAGUUAGCACUUUUAGACGCAUUUUGCCGCAGAUAUUGGCAACAACGGCAAAAAACUUGAUCAUUUUCAAUUUGGGAGAAUUUGCAGCGUUCCCAUCGAUUGUCAUCCCAUCGUUGAUUGGAGUGUGCAGUGAAUUAAAUCCAGAAGAAACACUUCGUAUCACACCGGCUCAGACUUCAUGGCUAUCCAGUUUUGCACAUGUGGCACAUCCGAUAGGGAGUUUGCUCAGCGGUCCGGUUUGUGAUAAAAUUGGUCGGCGCAAGGCUAUUUUGAUGGUAACAAUUCCACUCACAGUUGCUUGGGUUAUGCUUGGCUUUGCUCAGUCAUUUCCACUGAUUUCCAUUUUAUUUUCGGUUAUUGGACUUUGUAUGGGCAUGAAAGAAGCCCCUUCAAUUACUUAUGUCAGCGAAAUAAGUGAGCCAACGAUGAGAGGUAUGAUGUCAACAAUCGCCGUUAUGUCGUACAACUUUGGCAUAUUCAUUGUGCUUGGAUUUGGAUUAAAAUUCUCGUGGCGACAAGUCGCGUGGAUCUGCGCCGUUUUUCCAUUCAGCUGCUUGAUUGCUGUGCUUUUUGUGCCGGAAUCGCCUUCUUGGUUGCUUCUAAAAGAUCGACUAAAUGACGCUGAGAAGUCACUUUGUUGGCUACGAGGCUGGGUAUCACCGCAAAGUGUUCACCAAGAAUUCACAAAGCUACAAAAUUACAGCGAAACAUCGAGGUCAUGCAUUCCAUGUGCAAAGCAAUCGAUCAAAUGCCAACAUCCGAAGCCGACAUUCUGCGAUAAAAUUAAAGAAAUAAAACGGAAACGUACUUUAAAACCAUUUUUGCUCGUGACAUGUUUGCAUUUCUUCUUUGAAUUUUGUGGAAUCAUCAUUUGGCAGCCGUAUAUUAUCCAAGUGAUCAAAGCGUUUGGAAUACCACUCAAUGCCAAUUUAACAACGGUGAUCAGUGCUGGCCUGGGCAUUUCAGCCAGCGCCUUUCUGAUUUCAACAGUGAAAACAAUCGGGCGUCGAAGACUCUAUCUCACCUCCAUUUCGAUUGUAACACUCUGCUCAUUUGGAUUAAGCAUAUAUGGCUUUAUUUUUCUUCCAUGGGGCUGGACAUCCUUCAGAAAAUACCCGUUUGAAUCGUCGGAUAAAUUUGAUUAUAUUCGAGGUGUUGUCGGUGAUUACGGCUAUUUGGCGCUCGCUCUUAUCCUGAUCAUGCAAUUUGCAACGAAAAUUGGCGUUUCUGGGCUGCCACAUAUUUUUGUCAGCGAAGUAUUCCCAUUUAAGUCACGCACGUUCCUUUGUGGUAUAGCAACAGCCAAUCAAUAUGUUUUAGCAUCGAUUGCCACGAAAACAUAUUAUAAUAUCGAAACUUGGCUAUCGCUACCGGGAGCUAUCCUAUUUUAUGGCAUCAUCAGUUUCGUCGGGUUAAUUGUGAUGUAUAAUAUUAUGCCGGAAACCGAACAAAGAUCGCUCGAAGACAUCGAAAGGCAUUAUUCAGAUAAUAAAAAAAGCAUCACCGAUAUUUACAUUUGUAAAGGUUCUAAUGGCGUCAAAUAAAUUCAGUUACAAAUGCGAAA